AUGUGCGUCGAAAUCUUUCCAAACUGCACCUUCGUUGGUAUACAAGAAAUGAAGGCUGAAACAUACCUAUGCCUCAUCUUCUACGACAAAGCUAAGCCCUACAUGAACGUGAACCUUAUGGACUACCAUGACACGACCUUCUACAGAUUGGAAAAAGGUGUCAAUCGUGUUGAAUGCCCAUUGGCGAAAAAUGUGUUUCCGUCUGAUCAGCAGCGGGUAAACACAAUCGCAACGUACGACUAUAUGGGUGAUGUAUAA